CGAGACCGGACGGUGUCUAGGUGACUCGCGCCUGCGCAAAGGUCCCGCAGCCGCGCCGCCGGCCGGGACUCUGGUGAAGCCUCCCCCAGGUCGCGGCGGGCGCUCGCUCCCGCGUUCCUCAUCCGUCUCUGGAUCCGGUCCGACGCCCGGCUGGGCCAUGAGCCAGUGUGCGGAGGCGGCGGCGGUGGCGGCCACCGUGCCGGGCGCGGGCAUGGGGAAAGCCGGGCUGCGGCCACCCAUAGUGCCCCGCCAGGCGUCCUUCUUCCCGCCGCCUGUGCCCAACCCCUUCGUGCAGCAGACGCGGAUGGGCGCCGCGAGGCGUCUCCAGAUUUUAUUUCUUGGAGUUAUCCUGCUUCCAAUCCGUGCCUUGUUGGUCGCAUUAAUUAUAUUACUGGCAUGGCCAUUUGCCGCCAUUUCAACAGCAUGCUGUCCCGAAAAGCUGACCCAUCCAAUAACUGGUUGGAGGAGGGAAAUCACUCAACCAGUUUUGAAGUUUCUGGGUCAUGCCCUGUUCUUUUCAAUGGGAUUCAUAGUUACUAUGAAGGGAAAGGUGGCGCGCCCCAUGGAGGCCCCAAUUUUGGUUGCUGCCCCCCAUUCAACAUUCUUUGAUGGAAUUGCCUGUGUCGCAGCCGGGUUGCCUUCGAUGGUGUCUCGAAACGAGAACGCACAGGUCCCUCUGAUUGGCAGACUGUUACGAGCUUUGCAGCCGGUGCUGGUGUCCCGGGUAGAUCCGGACUCUCGAAAAAACACAAUAAAUGAAAUAGUAAGGCGAGCAACAUCAGGAGGGCAGUGGCCGCAGAUACUAGUUUUCCCAGAAGGUACUUGUACUAAUCGUUCCUGUUUGAUUACUUUUAAACCAGGAGCCUUCAUUCCUGGAGUUCCGGUGCAGCCAAUCCUCCUCAGAUACCCAAACAAGCUGGAUACCGUGACUUGGACGUGGCAAGGAUAUACAUUCAUUCAGCUUUGUGUGCUUACUUUCUGCCAGCCCUUCACGAAGGUGGAAGUUGAGUUUAUGCCUGUUCAGAAACCAAAUGAUGAAGAAAAAAGCGAUCCUCUCCUUUUUGCUGGUAGAGUCCGGAAUUUAAUGGCAGAAGCUUUGGGAAUUCCCGUAACAGAUCAUACCUAUGAAGACUGCAGAUUAAUGAUUUCAGCAGGACAGCUAACAUUGCCUAUGGAAGCUGGGUUGGUGGAAUUUACCAAAAUUAGCCGGAAAUUGAAGUUAGACUGGGAUGGUAUUCGUAAGCAGUUGGAUGAAUACGCAAUAAUUGCAAGCUCUUCAAAAGGAGGGAGAAUCGGAAUUGAAGAAUUUGCAGAGUAUUUGAAGCUGCCUGUUUCAGAUGUCCUGAGACAACUCUUCGCACUCUUUGACAGGAACCAUGAUGGCAGUAUCGACUUCCGCGAGUAUGUGAUCGGCCUGGCUGUCUUGUGCAACCCUGCCAACACAGAGGACAUCAUCCAGGUGGCAUUUAAGCUCUUUGACGUUGAUGAGGAUGGCUACAUAACAGAGGAAGAGUUUACCACCAUUUUGCAGGCCGCCCUUGGGGUGCCCGACCUGGAUGUUUCUGGUCUCUUCAAGGAGAUAGCCCAGGGGGAUUCUGUUUCCUAUGAGGAAUUUAAAAGUUUUGCCCUAAAGCAUCCAGAAUAUGCUAAAAUAUUUACAACCUACCUAGACCUCCAGACGUGCCAUGUGUUCUCAUUACCAAAUGAAAUCCAGCCAGCUCCCUUGGUCGCCAGUAACAAAGUCAGCCCUGAAAAUCGUGACGAGAGUACCUCAGACAAAAAAGAUGACUGAAAGCAAAUAUUCACAAUAAGGGAAGGCUUUUACCUGAAAUUGCAAAAGGAUUCGUUGAUAGUUGUUUUCAAAAUGAUUUCUGAGUAAUGAUGAUGUUUAAAAUGGAGAACUUUUUUUUAAAUAAAAAUAAUAGAUUUUCUUAUUAAAAUGCUUUUGUCCAUAUAUGUAUAUUAUUAAGUAAUAUUCCCUUUCUUUGAUGUUAUAUUGUGCUGUACUGAUUAGUUUCCUGGUGAUAAAUAUGUUUUUAUGGAUUUUCCAGUUUAAUUUGCAAAUACCAAUGAAUGAAAUGGUCUCACUUAUUUACCGAUGAGCAUUAAUCAAUGCUGCAAAGAGUUUUAAAAAGUGCAAACACUUUUU